AUGACCCUACAUGACAACACCGCCAAACCCCGGGCCCCCAUCCACCACGGCAAUUGCUCACCUACACCCAAACCCCAACCCACCAGGAACCACGCAAGCCCUGAUACCCACCCCAUCAGCCCACCCUUGGCAUUAACCAACACCAUCAAGUCAAACUGGUGGGUGACCAAGCCGCUCCGCUCCACCAUCCCCAGUCUAGCGUGGUACCCCCAAUUGGUCUUGCUUGCUGCCAGCUUGGCCAUGACCACCUGUUGA